GUUUUCGUUCAUUUCUAUGUAUGGACAAAAUGAACUCAUACAUGGACUUGUGAUUGAAGAGUUUGAUAAUGGAAAUGACACUGAUAAGUUAAGAGUUGAGAAUGCUGAUAAGGAUAUCCUUGACAAGAACAUUGUUUUGGGCGUUUUGCUACCGAACGACACGCAGUACGAUUACACGGCAUGGGAGACAAAUUAUGCUGCAGUUACAUGGGCCGUAGAGGACGCUAAAAUGAUGGCAGAGAAACUAAAUCUGACCAAAAUAUCAAAUUACACUAUCAAAAUCAAGUACCUUGACACACAGUGUGAUCCCGAGAAGGCACUUGGUCCCGCAGUUCACCUGAGGCACGCAAUGAAGAUCGAUGUGGUUAUUGGACCCGCCUGCUCCCAAGUUGCAGAUGGGAUUACCAGCCUUGCUGCAUACUGGGAUUUUCCUGUGUUCUCGCAUGCAUCGCGUCGUCCUGAUCUCGACAAGAAUCCAACCCUUUCGCGAGUAUCUCCUACAUAUACACGUGUUGGUGAGGUUUACAAAACACUGAUCGAAGAGUAUGAAUGGACCAGCAUUCAUUUACUUUACACUGAGUAUGAUGAUGAUGAUGAGGACGACGAUGGUGAAAAUAAAAUCGUAAUUUUGUUACUAGAGGAAAAACAGGUGAUUGAUGUCCUGAGACGAUCUCAAGAAAUGGAACUCAGUCAAAAAGAGUUUUUGUUUCUUGUCACAUACGAACUGGAUCCCGGGGAUCUGAUUCGCACACCAUGGUUACGCAAUAAUGGCACUGAUGUUGAGAAGAACUUGUUUGAUAAUGUAUUUGAAGUAUCCGCCAGAGGGAUGAUUGAGACACACAAAUGGUUUGAUGGUAAAACCUCCACUGAUUUCAGAAAACUCUUACCAGCCAAAAUGAAAGAGAAGUAUGACUAUGGAACAAACAGAAUAGGAUCGAUUCACUCUCUAUACCUUUAUGACACCGUACUUGCAUACUUAACUGCUGUGAAUAAUGUUGUUGGAAACAAUAAAAAUCCUUUCAGUGGAAAAGUACUACUGAGAGAAAUUGAGAAAAAAGAGUUUAAAUUCAUGGGAAGGACUGGAGAGGUGAGAUUUGAUCCGAUAAGCAGAGACAGACUGACUGAGUUUGUUAUAUGGCAUAAAGACAAAGUUAGGCCUAGAUAUGAACAAUAUGCAUCGGUCUAUUUGGAUGAACAAAAGGGAAAAAUGGUUUUCGAUGAGAAGAUGACGCCAAAUUUCAUUACGCCAGACGGCCUCCCUCCACCGACUAUACCUGUGUGUGGAUAUGAACAUGAACGCUGCAACGAUUUGAAAGAAAGUGAAAAAGCUGCGAUUAUAGCCAUGACCUUAGUGGGGUUCCUUGUGAUCGCAGUAGUGGGAAUUGUUUUUCUACGAAGGAGGCAAAAGAUAGCCGCGGAACUUUUGCAGAGUUUAUGGAAGAUUCCCCAUAAUCUCAUAACACCUAUCCAUGGCCAUGGAUCCAAGAAUUCUUAUGGUACUAUUGACAAUAGCUCUAAACAUUCAAUGAAAAGUACAAAUAUGGCAGGGAUUGUAGGUCAGAGUACUCAAGGUGAAGACUUCAGAAUAGGUGUUUACAAGGGAUACACUGUGUAUCUGAAACCCAUGAAUCUGACGACUUUGCUGUCAUUGACCAAAAAGGACUACCAAGAAAUGAAACAUAUGAAGGAUAUGAACCAUGAUAACAUCAACACUUUCUUUGGAUUAACAGUGGGUCCCAAAAGCGCCGCAGUUGUUAGUUUUUAUUGUAGUAAAGGCAGUUUGGAGGAUAUAAUAAACAACGUUGAUAUCAAACUGGACUUUAUGUUCAAACAUUCGAUGCUUUGUGAUCUGGUAGAGGGUAUGCUGUAUCUUCAUAACUCGCCAUUGAUGUCUCAUGGUAGUCUCAAAAGCAGCAACUGUUUGAUUGACGGCCGAUGGCAACUGAAGAUAUCAGACUAUGGCCUCUGCAAAGUACGCCAUGAUGUACGACUGAAUGCGGGAGAGGAUUCUCAUUACUAUGGUUGUGUUUUAAGUUCAUUCAAAAUCGUUUAG